CACGGCACGGUACAGCAGCAGCGGCAUCGGAAGCAAUGGAGGCCGAGAAGCUGUGGAGGAUCUUGACGGCGAUGGCGGUGUUGCUACUGGCGGCCGCACCGCAUCACCACCGCGCCGGCGCCUUCCAGUCCGAUGAGCUCCUGAUCGAGCAGGAGGACGAUCUGGGGGCGGCGAUCGGAGGAGGAGCCGGGGUCGGGGUCGGGGUCGAUCCGGUCACGCCGCCCCGAUCCCGGAAGAGGUACUCGGAUGCCGCCGAGUCCGACUCGAAGUUCCAGUUCCCUCUCGAGCACGCCUUCGGCGACUCCGAUUUCUCCCCCGCCGGCACUUUCUCCGCCCGCCUCAAGACCUGGUCCCACGGCCCCCAGACUCUCACCAAGCUGCGGUUCUCGAGGAAUGCUCUCACGGAAGUCGACAAGGAGAAGUUCCAGAAAUUGCUGCAAGAUGAUGACUUUUACAGGAUUAGGCUGCCAUCCAAUGUUCUGAGUCCUCCUGGGAGGGACUACAUUGUUUCUUCCAUCAAAGCGAGAUGUCUUCCACGUGAUGGUCUGGAUGAGCACUUUGUGAUACACAUGGAUGGUGUUAACAUCUUGGCUGUUAAUUACGGUCCUCCUGGGGCAUGCCCUUAUCCUCGCCAACUGAAACUACCAGCAAAGUGGUCAUUUAACUCGCAUACUAUUUUGAAGAACAGUGAGCAGGCACCAAGGACUCCAGUAUUCGCAGAAGAGAUAUCCCUUGGAGAGAAUGGAGAGGCUGAAGUUGUGAAGCCACCGGAAAAAUCAUUUUGGGCCAAAUAUUGGAUGUACGUGAUCCCUCUUGGACUCAUAGUCAUGAACGCCGUAACACAGGCAAUGAAUAUGCCUCCUGAGGAGCAGGGAGGUGGCCAACCACAGGGUGCAGCCCCAGCUCAGCGUGGUCCAGCAGCUGUGAGAAGAAGAUGAAGGAUGGAUUCAUGGGGAUUUAGGUUUUGUUCUCGCAUAGGUUUCGUUGCAGAUUUAGGGGAUGUCAAGAUGGCUCGAAUGCCUUCAUCAUGCGAUGUAAAACACGGCAGCGAGCUGGUUGCCAAGCGAAAGUAAAAGGACUCGUGCACCGUCAGGAGGCUUGCUUGGUUGCGUUAUUUAUAUCUUAAUGGCAUGGCGGAUGUGGGACUUGGGGUGAAUGGUUGAACCCUGUACUUGUUUUCUGUUCCAACCUGGGGAAACCAAAUGAUGGGGUAUUGAUAAUCCAUUUGUUUCCCGAAAUAUGACCAUGUUUUUCUUUGAAUCAAUUGUUUAGGAAAGCAGAUUCUAGUUUUCUAUA